AAGCCCAGGACUUCCCCUGGGACACCAGCUUCCAUUUCAACUUGGGGCCAGAGUGAAAUCUUCCCUAAGAUAGAAGUUUGGGAACUUCCUGUUGGUUUACAUUUCAAACAGAGCUUGUACUUAGUCUUUACCCUGGCACUCAGAGCUGAGUGAGCAAGGCUGAGUUCAGGAGACUGAGGGACAGGGCACUUUGCUGAGAACGGAACCAGUGACCGCCUGGCUUCCAGUGAGAACAGACUGCCAUAAUGGAAGCCAAACGUCAGAAGAGUCCAGGCAAUCAAUCAACAUUUUAUCAUGACCAUGAAGUCUGCAAACAAGAUUACUUUAUUAAAUCACCACCUCCUCAGCUUUUCUUCUCUGCAGCCUCUUGGAAAAAGCGGUUUUUUGUUCUGUCAAAGAGUGAGGAAAAGGGCUUUAGUCUUUCCUAUUACAAAGACCUUCAUCACCGAGGUUCCAUUGAAAUCAAUCGAAAUUCCAGUGUAGAAGUUGGCAUAAGUAGCCAUGAAAAAAUGCAAUCUGUGCAGAAGAUGUUUAAAUGCCACCCUGAUGAGGUGAUGUCCAUCAGAACCCCUAACAGGGACUACUUCCUCAUUGGCCAUGACAGGGAGAAGAUUAAAGACUGGGUCUCCUUCAUGUCAUCAUUUUGCCAGGAUAUAAAAGCAACACGUCGGAAUAUAGAGGAGAAACUCUCAUCGAGUGACAAAAGGCCAUCUUCGGACCCCUGCCCUCUCCUUGGUCCUUCCAACACAUUGGAGACUGUCAGCUCCACCAUGCCAAGAAACAGUCUUCCAGACGUGCAUUUAAUAGGAAAAAGUUCUCUAGGACUCAAACCAUCUCAUCUAUCACAUGAUUUCUUGUCGGAGACCAGUCAAGAUACGGAAGAAGAGAGUCAUUAUGUUAGUCCUCGAAGUAUUCCUUUAGAGUUGGGUAAUAUUAUUGCUUCCCAGGAUUCUGGUGAAUCCAUUAAACCUGGUAGUCCAGACCAGGUCUCCAAGAGAACUGAGAAUCAUUACAUGUCGAUGAAAUCCUGUUUUUUCAAAGAGACAUCCCAUGAGGCUGCUGAGAGCAAAGAGGAAUCCCAGACCCUUCCAGAGACCCAGAAUGUGGGGCUUCACCAGCAGGAACAAGGCUCAGGAAGAGACUCUUGUCUUUCACCUGCCAAUACGGAAGCACAGACCACGAAUGACAAAAAGGGGUCGGCCUCACUAACUGUUGUGCAAUUGUCUAUUUUAAUCAAUAACAAUCCUGAUGAAAGCCAAGUGGAGACACUGAAUGUGUUCCUUUCUCCUCCUGACAUCAUAAAUUAUCUUGCUCUCAUAGAAGCUGCAGGACGGAUAUGUGUGGCUCAGUGGGAAGGCCCUCCACGCCUGGGAUGCUUAUUUUGUCACGGAGAUCACCUUUUGGCCGUUAACGACCUGAAGCCCCAGAGCCUGGAGGAGGUCUCCUUAUUUCUCAGCCGGUCCAUCCAGAAGGAGAAAGUAAAACUCACCAUCGGCCGGAUCCCAAAUUCAGAGAUAUUCCACGCUACAGCCUGUACAUGCCCUUUAAAACACCAAGAUCCUGUACCUUUUCAACUAGAUAAGUCUGGACUGGAGAGGGCACUGAAGAGGAAUCCAGCCAUUAAGAAGCGUGAACAGCAAGGAACCAGAGAAUAACAUGGCAGCGACCCACUGCAGGGGAGUGAGGAGGGGACAUGGACUCUGUACUGGAUUCUGCCACUCACGCUGUCUGAUAUGAGGCAAGUCAGCACACCUCUCUGAAUCUCCACAUCUGCACCUUAACAAUGGGGAUAACUAUUCCCUCUCUGGCUAUUGCAUCAGGGAUGUGCAGAGGGCCAACUGGAAUAAUGACUAUGGAACACAGUGAAAAUGUAAGGCCUUGUUACCUCAGACUUUGUCCCAAACACCAUAGAAAAAGAUUGGGUAAGUCCUUCAUCUGAAAUGUGCUGUGUGUUCCGUGAGGUCGUGGUCCACACAAUCCCUUCUUUGUUAGGGAACAUACAGUUGGACAUACUCAUUCCAGGAAGGCAAGAUUCCCAAGAGAGAUGUGAUACCAUAUGAGCCUUCCCAAACACCUCCUGCUACUCAUCAUGUCCACAUCCCAGAAUGCUGAGACAGAGUGGCCUCUUGGAUUCAAUAGUUAUCUUAUUUUUUUAGAGACCCAGUAACUACUUUAGAAGUGGAAGCUGUUUUAGAUCAUAUCCAGCAAAGAUCUACUUGCUCUGCAAGUCAUAAGAGAACGACUUAGCACUUCUAAGUUUGAAAGGUCUUAGCUAAAUGAUGCCUUACCUAAUUGAUCCUGGACGGCCAAAAGAAUCAAAUCUUUUUUCAUAGAUGGAAAACAAAUGCAGAGAGCUGAAGGACUAAUCAAAUUGGCGAAUGGUAGGGCAAAAGGGAGCUUCAGAAAAUAUCUCUUACCGCGUCGCCAUAUCACGCGGGAAGAAAUCAAGGCCUCAGAUGUUUAAUGACAUACUUUUUUUGUGGCUCCGGGUUUCAUAGCUGUUUAGUGGCAGAACCAAGAAUCUAAAACCAGCUCUGAGAAACAGAGGUCUGAUCCUUACUCGGUACUUGGAUUUAAAUUUGAAAAGACUUUCAGCAUAUAGAAGAGAUGUUCAAAUACAGUUCAUUUUCUGUUAGCCAGAUUGUGCAUAAAGUAUAAAAACUUUUCACUU